AUUUCAAUUCAUUUGAAGUGCCAGUGUCAAGUGCAACAUGUGCGACAGUUUGGAGCAAUACCAUGCCAUACGUCCUCAAGGAUUUGAUAUUGAGUAUUUUCGCCUCAUAAUUGGACAAUCGUAUAACGCCGAUAAGUGUGGAUUUAUCUAUGAAACCGACAAUAUAAUCGAGCUCAUUAAUGGCUUUGAUGAAAUGAUGAACAAAGAGGAUAUUGAUUUUGGCGCUGAAUCUUUGGCAUCCAUACACGUGGCUGGCAUAAUGGUAUAUAUGUUAUAUCAUAAUGAUCUGAGCGACACCGAAGUGCGGCGAACUAUAUUCCUGCAGCGCUGUUUCGAUUAUAUGGCCUGCACCGAGGAAACACAUAUCCAUGAACUAUGCGCUGAAAUCUUGUGUUUGCUGGAUCUCAAUCAUCCGGGGAGUAUACUCAAUGUGAUUAUAUGUUGCCGCCAUGCCUGUGUCCUGUCCACAAUGGCGCAGAUCGUUAGCACCUGCUUGCUUUGGUCUAUGCUAGAUCGUCUAACCGAUUUGGGCUUGGAUGCCCAUCGUUUGCGUCCCUAUCCCGAAUUGAUGGUAGCCAUAGCCAUAGUCAAUCCCUCAGUGUAUUUGCAAUCCUAUUUGCAUGCUCUCAAUUUAAUAGUAAGACUUAUUGCAGCCCUCCUCGCUGUGGGUCCAUGUGGAUCAACUGAGAGACUAUGCCAAGAGGUCGGAGUUUCAAAGGAGAUCUUCAAGUUGUCCGAAGAUGAUGCCAUCGAUAUAUUUCGCUGGCUCAACGCCAUUCUGACUGAGUUGCGUGUGGAUAUGCACCUGUUGAAGGAUGCUCAGACUGACGAACGUCUGGUUGUCCUAGAACUCACGUGUGAGUUGAUGCAGCAGCUGCAUCAGCACUUAGAUCCUGAAACGAAAUCUCUGGAUGUGGACAAAAACCAGUCUCUUGAUCGCAUCCAGGAGUAUUGCGAUAAAAAACCAGAUCGUGUGGGAAAUGAUAACUGGCAGUGGUUCUAAUAAAAGGAUCUUCCAUUUUUAAUUUUUCCUAGUAAAAACAAUUCACAAUGAUUAAUUUAAUAUAACGUCUAUUUUUAUCAUAAAUUUUAAAAGUCAGUGUUGGAAAACAUUCCAAUAAAAGCGUGCGUAAGAAUUGGGAAUAAUGGGAUCCUGCGCACCCGCAGAUAAACAAUUCUUUUUAAGAUCAGGACUUU